AGCGAUAUUAUGGCUCAAAUAUUAAUCUUCAAAAUAAAAAACUUGGCAGAUCAAAAGAGAAACAGCUUUAGAUUUCGAUAUCACCAUUUGUUUUAUAAAUAUUUUUGCUCCGAAGACCCAUGUCUCCCCUUAAUGCGUUGGAAAGGCGGGAGCCCACCGCAAACUUUAGUUGAGGGAAUUCACGAAGUCCACCAGGGAGUUUAUGCGUCGAAAAGGCACAGUCUGCCGCACGCUUUAUGCAUCAGAAAUGCAGGAAGGAGGCAGGUCUGAAAGCGUUCGGGAAUCCUCGGCGCAGCCGGUCGUCUCACGCGCAAUCCUUUCCAACCAGUCGUAGUGGGCGACAGCACCGAAGCGUCUUUACUCCAGUGGCCAGAGCCGCCGUGCGUGGCGACUUUGGGCAAGGUGUGCCGCGGGUCAGUCGCCAAACCCAGGUAGCUCUUCUUGUUGCAGAUGUGGCGCUACUUCCGGGACUGGCGCAGGAAGAGGCGCUCCCGCCUCUCCCGCAGGCACUUGAGGAAGCUGCCCGUGACCAAGUUCAAGAAGGGCGCCCCCUACGAGACGUGCGCCAUCUGCAUCGAGGACUUUGUGGAGGGGGACAAGCUGCGCACGCUGCCCUGCUCGCACGCUUACCACUGCAAGUGCAUAGAGCCGUGGCUGCUGGAGAACCGGCGUACGUGCCCCAUCUGCAAGCGCAAGGUGGUCCUGCCCGGGAUGGACCCGGACUCUGACUCCGAGUCGGAGGCCGACGCCCCCCACUCCGAGCGCACGCCGCUGCUGUCCGGAGGGGGCGGGGGCGGUGGCGGAGGCACCUUCGACAGCCCCCCGCCCCGGGAGCUCCCGCGGCAGGCCCCCCCGCCCACUGGCCAGAUAACAGUGGCAACUGCCACCUUCCACUGCGAGGACGGGGCGAGCCACUCAUUACCGACGCACGUGAGCACAGCCCACUCGCUGAACCGCGACACGGAGAGCGGCAGCAGCAGCGUCGAGGAGGAGGUGGCCGUGAGGCCCACCCGGCCGAGCUCCUCCUACGACCCUGGCCUCCACAGCGUGCUCUCCUAGGACGCUUGGAACAUGCUGUCCUGCCGCAGGACGGGUUCCGGCGAGUCGAGGGACGGGUUCCGGCGAGUCGAGGGACGGGUUCCGGCACGUCGAGGGACGGGUUCUGGCACGUCGAGGGACGGGUUCCGGCACGUCAAGGGACAGGUUCCGGCGUCGGGCCGGCCUUUUGGCGUUUGACUCCUCGCGUGCCACGUACAGCGAACCAGUCGGGUUGCCGGACUGCUCAUCCGAACCGAGCCACUGCCCUGGACUCCGUUGUUGCCCGUCAUCGUCUCUCAUACGAGAUGAAAGGGUACAACGAACGCGAGGCUAACAAGGGCUGGACGCUCGCCGACGGCCUCAAAACUGCAGAAGACGCCUGCUUGUUGCAGCUGUCAUUAACGUUGGAAAGCGCCGCGGAAGCCUCGCAACAGUGACGACAGGCAAGUUGUCGCCUGGAACUGCUAGAAAUCAACAUGGACCCUGGUCGACAUUAAAGUUAAGAUCGAGCGAUGGUUUUCGCCAGUCCAGUUCGGAGCAAAGUGUCCGACAAUUACGGAUAUUUCGACUGCCGGUGAUCGAGGUCAAUUACACCUUACGAAACGUAGCUACGUCCAGGCGGAAACUGUCGUCGUGUGCCCGUGACCUCUGGGCACGGUCUGUGACGAAUCUUUUUGUACGGAUGACUCGUGGACACUUGAGCUAUUGUAGAUAUCCAUCUUGUUGUUUUGCGAUGUGAACAUUGUUGCGAUAAUGAGGGGAAGCGGAGGCUUGUCGCCGUUUCGCAGAACGUUUCUUAACGAGCGCGUUACCUUGCGAUAGCCACUCGUCUGUAGCCCUGAUGUAUGUUUUAGAGAAAUGGAAUGGUGGCGGACUUUGGAGUAAUGAUCUUUGCAUAAGUCAGACUUUUCUGUUUUGGCGUGCUCUGUACGAAAAGCGAGCUGGAAAUGGACAUUAGAACACCUCAUUUUAAAUGCACCGUUUGCGUGCCACUGCAAGUUCGUUGCACGGACACCCGCUUUCCAGCAUUGCAAAGCGCGUGUUAUGGCGACGUGUUGGAUUGAGGUCCAGCUGUGUGCUCGAGUGACAAUGUUUUUAUCUGUGGCAGGUCCUUCUAAUAUAUGUCGAGUGGCUUCUGCCUGCUUCUGUGGCGGUAUGUGUAAAUACGAAUAUUGUCUAUUGUUUGGCUAGGUCAAUCUUUGCAAUCUGAAGAGGAAAUAUACAUAUUGUGCUCGUCAAUAAGCUAGGCUUAGUUGCUUAAACUGUACUCAAUUUGACAUUGGGCUUUUGCACACGUUGCCGUUCGCCUAGAAUCAAAACGCACUGCGUGCGGUUGCAAUAAGGUGUCUCGGGCCUGCAUAACCCUCGCACGCGUACCCGAUUGUGGCAAGGUUUUCUGGCAGAAGGCCUCGGACCUUGCUGCUCAAAUGUGCCUGAAAACGCAGACGUGGGGCCGGGCUGUGGUGCUCCCAAGAAUGGCCCUAGUCACUUUGUUCGCCCCGACAGACCUUGUGUGCACGCCUCAGUUGUAUGUGGAGCAUGGAUUUCCUUCUGGUGCAUUCCCCAGCUUGCGAAAGAGUGAGACCAGCCCCUUUGGACGACGACAUGAAAUAAAUGUUUAUUUAAGCGACUUCGUCUCUGUUGUUAGAAUCUGAAAGGCAAACAAAAAGUGUGAUUAGCAAACGUGUGUGCUCAGACAACGUGUCAAAUGAAGUUGUUUUGUCUUUACAUGGGAGUUGUGAAACCAGCCCUAUUAUAUUACACUUUUUAUAGGAAACGUGGCUAAAGAAUUUGCUGCUCUUGUCCUUCCUGCGAAGGACUGUGGCCUUCUGUGGUUUGUGCAUCCUGCUGAAAGCGGUCUUACUAGAACCCAGUUACUACAAUUUUUGUGACGGAUUGCGAAGAAACAAGAAAAAGUAGGAUCUGAGUAAAUGUAAACCUGAUUGUGCAUGUGGGAGCAAGGAGAUGUAGCGAGAAGAAACCGCUGCGCAUGUUAUUUCGUUCACGCGAGUGGUCUUGGAGUACCUAGACUCGAAUAAAAGUAGUCCUUUUGUUUUACACUA